AUGUCAAACAUAAAACACCAUUACAGUAAUCAUAAGGAUACAUCACCUAGUGACAUAAAACACCAUUACAGUAAUCACAAAGAUAGAUCACCUAGUGACAUAAAACACCAUUACAGUAAUCAUAAGGAUACAUCACCUAGUGACAUAAAACACCAUUACAGUAAUCAUAAGGAUGGAUCACCUAGUAACAUAAAACACCAUUACAGUAAUCAUAAGUAUAGAUCACCUAGUAACAUAAAACACCAUUACAGUAAUCACAAAGAUAGAUCACCUAGUGGCAUAAAACACCAUUACAGUAAUCACAAGGAUAGAUCACCUAGUGACAUAAAAUACCAUUACAGUAAUCAUAAGAAUAGAUCACCUAGUAACAUAAAACACCAUUACAGUAAUCAUGAGGAUACGUCACCUAAUGACAUAAAACACCAUUACAGUAAUCACAAAGAUAGAUCACCUAGUGACAUAAAACACCAUUACAAUAAUCACAAGGAUAUAUCACCUAGUGACAUAAAACACCAUUACAGUAAUCAUAAGGAUAGAUCACCUAGUGACAUAAAACACCAUUACAGUAAUCAUAAGGAUAGAUCACCUAGUGACAUAAAACACCAUUACAGUAAUCAUAAGGAUAGAUCACCUAGUGACAUAAAACACCAUUACAGUAAUCAUAAGGAUAGAUCACCUAGUGACAUAAAACACCAUUACAGUAAUCACAAGGAUAGAUCACCUAGUGACAUAAAAUACCAAUACAGUAAUCACAAGGAUAGAUCAACUAGUGACAUAAAACACCAUUACAGUAAUUAUAAGGAUACGUCACCUACACUAGGUGAUGUAUCCUUGUGA